AUGAGGACCAAACAUUGCUUUUUGAGCAUAAUUAAAUUGAUUAGACUGUUGGUGUAGGGAUAAUCUGAAAUAAUUAGAAGGCAAGGAAAGAAGCAAUAGAUAAAAUGCAUAUAUGUAUGAAAUAUAAUAACUAGUUAAUCUAAGCCAAAUAGAAUGAUUUCCUUAUGCAGAAUUGA